AUGAGCUCCUCUGGCUCCACGUUCCCACUAACGUCUAGGUUAUUUAUUUUGGCAGUUGUUGUCAAUGCCAUCAACUUGUUUUCACAAGUGUUUUUCACCAUCAUGUACUCGGACUUGGAGUGUGACUACAUCAACCCAAUCGAGUUGUGCAACAAGUUGAACCCAUGGUUCAUUCCUGAGGCUGGCUUGCACGGUGUCCUCACCGUUUUGUUCUUGGUCAACGGCUACUGGUUCCCAUUCUUGAUCAACGCUCCAUUGUUCGCCUACAACGUCAACAAGUUCUUGAACAAGAACCACUUGUUGGACGCCACUGAGAUCUUCAGAACCUUGUCCAAGCACAAGAAGGAAUCGUUCAUCAAGUUAGGUUUCCACUUGUUAAUGUUCUUCUUCUACUUGUACAGAAUGAUCAUGGCCUUGGUUGCUGACGACAGCUAA